AUGUAUGGGGUCCUGAUGCGCAGGAGUUCCGGGCAGAGAGGUGGGGGGGAUACUGUCGAGGAAAUGCAGGGGCGGUUUCGGAGGGAAACGGUUCGGGGAACUUAUAUUCCAUUUAAUGCCCAUAAGCGGAAGUGUCUUGGGCAGGGAUUUGCGUUGUUGCAGGUGAAGAUUUUGUUGUUUGUCUUGUUGGGGAGGGUUAGGUGGGUUGUUGAUCCUGAGUAUCGGUUGAAGAUGACGCCGGGUGGGAUUCUCGCGCCGUUGGGCUGUCGAGUUAUUUUGACUGAAUUGGACUCUUCGGCGUGA